CCUGCUGCGUCCUCCGCCCCUCGCCCCUCGCCCCUCGCCCCUCGCCCCUCGCCGACUCCCGCUCCCCCACGUCCGCCAUGCUGGCCCCGCGCUGCGGCCACCGCUUGCUCGGCCUGCUCCCCGGCCCGCGCUGGACGCCGCUGCGCCUCCCGGCAACCCGCGCCUGCAGCGGCGACGGUGGCCGCGACUCGUCGGCUUCGUCCACGGGGAACCCGCUGGUGUACCUGGACGUGGACGCUGACGGGCAGCGGCUCGGCCGCGUGGUGCUGGAGCUGAAGGCCGAUGUGGUUCCCAAGACAGCAGAGAACUUCCGAGCCCUGUGCACCGGCGAGAAGGGCUUCGGCUACAAAGGGUCUACCUUUCACAGGGUGAUCCCGUCCUUCAUGUGCCAGGCCGGCGACUUCACCAAUCACAAUGGCACAGGUGGCAAGUCCAUCUACGGGAGCCGCUUUCCCGAUGAGAACUUCACACUGAAGCAUGUGGGGCCAGGUGUCCUGUCUAUGGCCAACGCAGGCCCCAACACCAAUGGCUCCCAGUUCUUCAUCUGCACCAUAAAGACAGACUGGCUGGACGGCAAGCACGUGGUAUUCGGCCACGUCAAGGAGGGCAUGGAAGUGGUAAAGAAGAUUGAGGCUCUGGGCUCCAGGAGUGGCAAGACCUCCAAGAAGAUUGUCAUCACGGACUGUGGCCAGCUGAGCUAACCCUCAGCCUCUGGCCGCCGACACAGUCACA